AAUAACCAGAAUGUGUAAGUUGUCAUUCCUUACCUUUCACAAGGCAGCUAUGCAACGGUGUUCAAAGAGAACUUCCUCUUGUAUUCAUUAAACAAUGCCUAACUUUUCAUGUCAACAAUUAGUGUAAAUGACAGUUGUACAGACUGAAAUGCAUUUUAUCCCUUUUUUUGCAGGAUCGUAUUUCCCAGUUAUCAGAGGACAGGCUGAGAGGGGUAGUUGAGAGACUAUGCCAGCGAUAUCCUUCUCUCGUUUUUCAGGUUGUGAAUGAGUCCUCAGAGGAGCAAAGGGAUGGCUAUCACCCACCAGCAGAUGCUGCAUGGCCUACAUGGUGUGUUUGCCAAAAAUGUAGGGAGAUGCCUUCUGAGGAGGAAAAGAUGUGCUGUGGGCAGAUACCAAUAGACUGUCUUUCCACUCUGCCUGACUUUGAUCUUAUUGUAUUGGACCCUCUGGUUCUUGUAGUGGCACAGCGCUACAGACAAGAUGUCAUGACUGCAGCACCUGACAACGAUUUUAAUUGUGGAAAACGCCAAGCAGCUUACAUACAAUUUAUUCUCUGGCAGCAUGGCUACCAUGGAGCUGGUAAUCGCCGUGUAAUUCCAAGCUGCUGUGUGUGGAAAAUAAGGGACAGAUACCCAGACAGUUUUUGGACAAUACAGGGGUUUUGUGGGUGGUAG